GUCUUCCCGCCAUGCCUGCGCGAACCACCGCCACCCAGCCUCGACCUGUUCGACCUGGAUGAGCAGUUCGCAUCUGAGCGCGUGCGCUUAGCACAGCUCACGAAUAAGUGCACGGACGACGACCUCGACUUCUACAUCCGCCAGGCCGGGGAGAUCCUGGGCGUGUCGCAGAAGCUGGGCGACAAGCGAUCCUCCAAGGAUCCGGCCAAGAAGAUUGUGGAGUACAUCUUCAAGGAGUUAGUCGGCUUCAAGAAGAUGAACCAAGACAUGGUGCCGUCAGUUGGCAUCUCUGAAUGA